AUGGGCCAACGUCUAUUUUCAGAAUACAGUGUGGCGCCUGUACCCAGAAACUUGAUUCCCAGUCUUGAUCCAUCAAAGCCACAGGUUCUGUGGCUUGGUUGUUGUGAUAGUGGAUAUGACGAAACAACCACCCUGGAUCUUUUCCCGGAUGAGAUGAUUGUGGUUAGGAACAUUGGAAACUUGGCCCUCGGCACUGACUUGACCUGGGCGAGUGCUGUCCAGCAUGCAGUGGACAAUCUCCAGGUGGAUCAUAUAAUUGUCUGCGGACAUUACGGAUGUGGAAUUAUAAAGACCGACCCAGUUGUUGGUAUACAUUUCCCCUGGCAAAAAGAGGUAGAUAGCUUGCUAUCCACACACCAAAAAGAACUUGAAAACCUCUCCGUCGACGACCGUAACCGCUACCUUGUGCAAGUGAACGUCGUGAAGCAAAUGCAACUAGUGAGGGACCUUCUCGAAGUGAUAUAUCCUGGAGAACACAGACGCAUAGAUAUUCACGGUUUCUUGUAUGACCGUGUGCGGGAUCGAGCAGAUAGGAUACUGUUGAACCGGUGA